CUCAAUACUCAAGGAGCUACCCAAUACCCAAUAAGCCAUGGGAUCUCUUACGCAUUUCGCAGCUCUAGUUUCUCACACUCCAUCAUCUUCUCUUUCACUUCUUCACCCUGGCAACAACAAUUGGAACCUGCAAUCUCCCAAAGCGUUUCGUCCUCAAACACAACUGUUAACAACUUACCCACCUCAGAGAUCGAGUCUCUCGAAGAGAAAUCUGAUUCGCAGGUCGGCCCUCGAUGAAGCAGCGGUUCUUGAACCUCCACCACCACCUCCUCCUCCCACAUUUUCUGAAUCCGAGAAGAAGGAUCCUAAGUUCGUCGCUUCUUUGAAGCUUAAAUUACUGAGUGCUGUCUCUGGGCUAAAUAGAGGUCUUGCUGCAAAUGAAGAAGAUCUGAGAAAGGCAGAUGUUGCAGCCAAGGAGCUCGAGGCUGUAGGAGGGUCUGUGGACCUCUCUGUUGAACCUGACAAUCUCCAAGGGAGAUGGAAGUUGAUAUACAGUAGUGCAUUUUCAUCUCGUACUCUAGGUGGGAGUCGUCCUGGGCCUCCGAUAGGAAGGCUUCUGCCUAUAACUCUUGGCCAGGUCUUUCAACGGAUUGAUAUCCUCAGCAAAGAUUUUGAUAACAUAGUGGAGCUUCAAUUAGGCACUCCAUGGCCAAUUCCCCCAGUGGAAGUCACAGCCACAUUAGCACACAAGUUUGAAAUUAUAGGACCAGCUAAGGUAAAAAUAAUAUUUGAGAAAACAACUGUGAAGACAACUGGAAACUUGUCACAGUUGCCCCCACUUGAGUUGCCUCGAAUUCCAGAUUCAUUAAGGCCUCCGUCUAAUACUGGAAGUGGAGAAUUUGAAGUUACAUACAUCGACUCUGAUACCCGCAUCACAAGAGGAGAUCGAAGUGAGCUGAGGGUGUUCGUGAUCUCAUAGAAACGCAAGCAACAGUAUGCUUUUUUGGUCUUUGUAACUAAAACCAUUCCCAUGCACAGAUCUUGUUGUAUAGUGGGAGCUAAGUUGUAAGUAAAUCUUGAUCUCUUG